AGUAUUCUACACUGUACAGAGAACGAGGACCUAUGUUUCAAAGAGAGAGAGACAAAGACACACUUGUUCAAAGUUGAAAGUUGAAACCAUCUCUCUCUUUUUCUUUGCUUCUCACAAUGUCUUGUUCUAGGACUACUACUACUACUUCACUAUCUCACCUCAUUUCCAACCAUUAUUAAUUCCUCUCUCCCUCAACAACAACAACAUAUUCUUGUUUUUCUCUUCUCAAUUAACACAAACUUCAAAAGCUGCAUGAAGUAGAACAAGAUUAACAAUGACCGAUGUGUAUACAAACAAAACCAAGCUCUCAUGGUCAAAGAGAAUGGUCAGAAAAUUCUUCAACAUCAAAUGCAAAACUCAACAAGACACUGCUCAUCCAACGGAUGCUUUUGCUUCUCGAGGAGGUCAUGGAUUAGAAUACAGAAGCAGAAGCAGCUUAUCUGAGAGAGAGCCAUGCACAAUCAAGAAAAGCAAAACAGAGAAAUUUAGCAGAAGUUCAGAUCAUGUUAGGCGAGCGAGAAUGAACCUUGACCAUCCUAGAAUUAUAGAUGUUCACAACUAUAGCGUUUUUGUUGCUACUUGGAAUGUGGCUGGAAGAUCGCCACCGACUAAUUUGAGCAUCAAUGAUUGGCUUCAAGCUUCGCCGCCCGCAGAUAUUUAUGUUCUCGGAUUUCAAGAGAUAGUUCCCUUGAAUGCUGGUAAUAUCUUAGGGGCAGAAGACAAUGGCCCUGCUAAAAAAUGGCUGGCUCUCAUUGGAAAUACUUUAAACAACCUUCCUGGAACUAGUGGAGGUAACGGAUACUACACGCCUUCUCCUAUUCCUCAGCCAGUGGUAGAAUUGAAUGCAGAUUUUGAGGGAUCGGCUAGGCAGAACAAUUCGUCAUUCUUCCACCGGCGAUCCUUCCAAACAACUUCUAGCAGCUGGGGAAUGGACAAUGAUCCUUCAACCGUGCAACCGCGACUAGACCGAAGAUUCAGCGUCUGUGAUCGUGUGAUUUUUGGUAACAGAAAAAGUGACUUUGAUCCUAGUUUUAGAUGGGGUUAUAGGCCUAGUGACUAUUCAAGAGCAAGUGACUACUCUCGAACGAGUGACUAUUAUUCAAGGGCGAGUGACUACUCUCGACCGAGUGACUAUUCAAGAUGGGGUUCAUCUGAUGACGACAAUGGCCUCGGAGAUUCUCCGAGUACAGUCUUGUUUUCGCCGAUGUCAUAUGGAGGACCUGCUGCCUCCGGCGAAGAUGGAUAUGGCCUGCCAGGGCGAUCGAAAUACUGUGUGGUUGCAAGUAAGCAAAUGGUCGGAAUCUUUCUUACUGUUUGGGUGAGAAGUGAAUUGAAGGAUCAUGUUAAAAACAUGAAAGUAUCAUGUGUUGGUAGAGGAUUGAUGGGUUAUCUUGGAAAUAAGGGAUCCAUCUCAAUCAGCAUGUCUCUGCAUGAAACAAGCUUCUGCUUCAUUUGUAGCCAUUUAACCUCAGGACAGAAAGAGGGUGAUGAACUAAGAAGAAACUCUGAUGUAAUGGAGAUUCUUAAAAAGACAAGGUUUCCGCGCGUUCACGGUUCUGACAAUGAGAAGUCUCCAGAGACAAUCCUUGAGCACGAUCGAAUCAUAUGGCUUGGAGAUUUAAAUUAUCGAAUAGCCCUCAACUACCGUUCUGCUAAGGCACUUGUUGAGAUGCAAAACUGGAGAGCAUUGUUAGAGAAUGAUCAGUUGCGAAUAGAGCAAAAGAGAGGUCGCGCAUUUUCUGGAUGGAAAGAAGGGAAGAUCUAUUUCCCUCCAACAUAUAAGUAUUCAACAAACUCAGAUAGAUAUGCUGGCGACGAUAUGCAUCCGAAAGAGAAAAGGCGAACACCUGCUUGGUGCGACCGGAUUUUGUGGUAUGGAGAAGGCCUGCAUCAAUUAUCUUACGUACGCGGAGAAUCAAGAUUUUCAGACCACAGACCAGUUUAUGGCAUGUUUUGGGCUGAGGUUGAGUCGAAUCACGGAAAAUUGAAGAAAAGUAUUAGCUGUUCGCGCUCCAGAAUCCAGGUCGAGGAACUCUUGCCGUAUUCCCACGGAUACACCGAGUUAAACUUUUUCUGAGGACUAUAUAUGCGAUUUGCGCAACCUUAUUCAACAAGCGGGAGUUCCUUUGAACAUUCAUGACAGAGACAAAGCAUUUCCCAAAUACCAAGAAAGGCACUAAUAUGUAAUUUUACCCAACAACAACACAUGUUCAGUAGAUUCCAUCAAACACCAAACAUCAUCAUCAUAAUGUUGUUACGUUAUAGCUAUAACUCAUGCCAGCUUCAUACUUUGAUAACCAAUUAACAAACACAAAACUUUACAUUGUCUCUUCCUGCAAAAUCAUUAUUAGACAGGAGUGUGAAAGAAGAUGAAGAUAUUAUUUUAUUCAUGAUUCUUUAAUUAUUUUUGGAGAAUAUUCAUGAUGACUGAAUGAAAGUGAUGCAUUGUCAAAAUCAUCAUUUGGAGGAGUUCAAACUUUUAUAUUACUUUUUUGGUUUCUAAUGAUAAGAAAAUGUGAAUUUUGAUGUAUACUGAUUGUAACAGUGAUGAAAAAAGAAAUUGUACAAAAGAAAGAGAAUGAAAAUUUAUAGUUAAUUAAUGAUAGAAUUUUCAUAGGUUGUAGUGGUUCUCUGUAUGAUUAGUGAGUUUGCUGAUAAAGGUGGUUUUGUCAUUAUUAUAAGUA